AGCCCCCAUCCGCUGCUCACAGGCAGUCUCUCUCCUCCCCGGCUGUGAUCUGUCACCGCGUUCCACGCGUUUCAUCUCGUCUCUUACCACCGACGCGAGAGUGGAAGCGGGGACAGACAGCCCACCCACUCAUCAACACCCCCCACCCCCCUUGUGCAGCCUUUAGUGAGGGGAAGCCCCUACCACGCUUGACUCGCUGAGUGGAUCUCCUGCGUCGCGCCUGUGCGUGCGUGUAGCCCGGGGCUCCGUCUUCCUCAACAGUUGCCACCGGAGAGGAGGAGGAGGAGAGCGGGGGAGACAGCAGACUGAGGACGGAAGGGACGCGGAGAGCCACGCAGCUCCUGCCCCGGCUUCUGCUCCUGACAUGCAGUCGAUCAUCUCUCCGGUGACCAAGGCCAUCCUAGUCGCACUCUUCAUCUUCGCCAUACUCCUCAUCCUCUACGUGAUCCUCUGGUACAUUUGCAGGGACGUGGACUGCGACCACGGCAUUUGAGGAUUCAUUUAUUUUAAAAAUCAAACAACAAGAGAAGAAAAAGACGGAAGGGAAUUCGCAAAUGGAGGAGCCCGGGGUCACCCUUGAUGCCCAGACAAGAUGGCAAGGUUGCCAUAGUGACGGGAGGAGGCAGGGGAAUCGGCUAUGAGGUUGCCCGCCACAUGUCCAAACUGGGGGUACAUGUUAUCAUAGCCUGCAGGGAUGAACAACAAGGUCUGGCAUCCAUCCGAAGGAUCUACAAAGAGUACAACGAGGCUAAAGUGGAGUUUAAAAAACUGGACCUAGCAUCUCUGCAGUCUAUCCGUCAGUUCGUCCAGAGCUUCAAGGAACGCGAUUUACCACUCAAUAUUUUGAUCAACAAUGCGGGUGUCAUGCUAGUUCCUGAGAGUUGUACCGAGAAUGGAUUUGAAGUGCACUUUGCUGUGAACUAUCUGGGGCACUUCCUAUUGACCUUGCUGCUCUUGGACACAUUAAAGCUCAGCGGCAAAUCUGACAACUUCUCAAGGGUGGUCAACGUCUCCUCCUCUGCACACCGCAAUGGCGAGAUCCGACUGGAUGACUUGAAUAGCAGACAGUGCUACUCAGCCCACGCCGCUUAUUGUCACAGUAAGCUGGCGCAGCUUUUAUUUAGCUCCCACCUCCAUCGGGAGCUGGAGCAGGGAGGUUUCCCCGUCAGUUCGUGCGCCGUUGACCCUGGCGUGGUCGCUACGUCUCUCUACCGCCACCUCUGGACGCCCCUGCGCCUGGCACAUGGUGUUGUGGCCCGCUUGCUUUUCAGGACUCCUACUGAGGGUGCUGCCACUGUCUUGUACGCUGCUCUGUCACCAGCACUGGAAGGCGAAUGCGGAGGAGGCUACUGGGCCAAUGGAUGCAGAGACGUGACUACCCCACUGACAUUUGACCCCCAGAUUCAGCAGCUCUUGUGGGAAACCAGCCACAAGUUUCUGGUUCCACAGUAACUCAAACUGUAUUUAAUUGUGCCAAUCAGCUUCUUUAUAUUUAAUUGUUGCGAUUUUUGUUGACAAUCUCACUCUGCACUGGAAACUAUGACUGGCUGUUUGGGGGUGAAAACACCACAUUUUUUCUUUACUCCCGCCAAAGAAGGGCUACAAUGAACGGAACUUUUUCCCCAUUGUGAGCUAGCAAACAUUACACGUACAUGCUAGGCCAUCGCCAUCGGUCCACAGCAGCCUGCCUUAACAGCGCUCUCCUGGUCAAUGAGGAGGUUAAUGAACUCUUCCUAAUGCUUCUGCAUCUCACUAAUGUGAUUCUAAGCAAAAAACAACCAGCUUUUAGAAAGUAGAUUUUGGCCAACUGUUCAGAAAUGUCAAUCAAAGUGUAGCACGCACGCUGGAUUUCUCUAAAGCGCCGUCAAUACGGAGGCGCCAAGUGAUGUCACCAUCUUGGGUCAUCUCGUGAUGACUUGGAGCACUUUGCUUUUUAGUGCAUUUGUUGUCUUGAAAUGGCCACUUCUGAGUGUUCACGUUCUCUUCUUCUUGUCAGGCAAUUAGGUGUGUUUUAAAAAUAAAUAACAAAUGACCUUCAUUAACAACUCAUGGCAUUUGCUAUUUGCACUUCAACAGUGUUGUUUUCGUCAAGGAUGACAAAACGGUUCCAUUGACGGCCCUUUUUUUAAAAUGGUGACAACAAAACGGUGUCGAGCUAAACAUGGCGUUUUGUUGACGAACUGACGAGACGUGUGUGAAUUUUUGCACUAACGUGGCCAACAGAUGUUCUUUCGACGUUCUUGGAAUAUGUUUCAUAAGAUUAAAGUUUUCUGCAUAACACCUGCCGCAAAUGAACUUUAAGAUAGCUUCGGGCUAAAGUUAGCUUUGUCGUCCAUUCAUUAGCUUUCCAUUAUGCGUGUUAGCAGCUAUAAUGUGUGGAACAGGCAAGGACUUCUGAGUUUCGUCAAACUUGUCAUAUUGACCCAUUUUCUGUGAGUAACAAAACUACGUAACUACGACGAAUAAGCAUUUGUGUCCAGAAGAUUAAGACUGAAACCAAAAUGGCAAAAACAACACUGCACUGAAAUUAAAUAUAGAAUAGUAGGGUAUUUUCCCCUUCCCUCUUCUAAAAAAAAAAAAAAGGUAUUGGGUUUGUUUUAGGAAAACACCAUUUUCCAAAACCAGGAUUUGUGCCGAGACAAAAAUAGACGAGAACAUGAAACAAUGGCCGCUUGAGUCUGCCCCCAUUUUCCUUUGUGACCUGUGUUAAUCCGUUUUACAGAAUCAGUAUCUGUAUGCAUGUGCUUUAUACAGUAUUCCAAAAUUAACUUUAA